CUACGAAGUUUCUUCAGAGAAGAAGAAAUUUCUCAAGUAGAGAGAGAGAGAGAUUCUCACAAUCCAAACUGGAAUUCCAUCGGCAAUGGCGCUCCUCAAGUUUGCUCUUCUCUGCAUCGAUCUUGUUGGCUGGCCAGCAAUUGCUCUGGUUUAUCCCCUGUUUGUUUCAAUCAGGGCAGUUGAGACUGGUUCUGGAUACCACAUGAGGAAGUUGGUCAGAUAUUGGAUAAUGUUCUCUUUGUUUUCUCUCUUUGAGUUUGCUUUAGUGAAAGUCAUUGAGUGGAUACCUUUCUGGUCUGGUGUAAGACUUGCAGUUAUCUUCUGCUUAGUGAUGCCUCAGUUUGAGGGUGCAUGUCUUGCCUACCAAGGCCUUGUAAGUUCAUUUAUUGACAGGUUUGACAUGCUAAUGGAGGAGAGACUUUGUAAGAGAAGAACAUUUUUGGAUGCAGUAGACAAAUACAUCAACGAAAAUGGAUCAGAAGCUCUGGAAAAGCUUAUUGCAUCACAGAUGACACCACCAGAAGCAAGAGUGGAAAAUAGAUGCCUUGAGACUUCCCUCCUCAAGAAAUCUGAGCAAGAAUGGACCUGUGGCUUAUGUAAGAUGACUAGCGUCGGUUUGUCAACGCUGAAUGCUCAUCUUCAGGGCAGCAUGCACAAGUCCAAGCUUGAGAUCCUGAAAACAAGCUUGCUUAAUGCAAAAGAUACAGGAUCGUCGCCUUUGUCGCAGGUGCAACACACACGUUCAUUUUCCGCUGCUUGGGAUCUGAAGGGAACAUAUGCAGCUGCUGAGUUUAAAGAGAGAAUGCCACCAAAAGAACCAGAGAACACUCUCCUCAACAAAACUGAGCAAGAAUGGACCUGUGAUUUAUGUAAGGUUACUACGGCGAGUAAGUCAAUGUUGAAUGCUCAUCUUCAAGGGAGCAAGCACAAGUCCAAGCUUGAGUCCCCUAAAGCAUGCUUUCUUGAUACGAAAGAUACAGGUCCCUCGCCUUUGGUUCAGCACGCACAGCCAGUUUCUGCUAAUUGGGAUUUGAACGGAACAGUUGAAGUUGCUAAGGAUAAAGAGAUGAUGCCACCAAAAGAAACUGCAGAAACGCAACUCCCAGAAACCCCUCUCAAGAAAUCUCAACAAGAAUUGAAUGGUGAUAUGUCCAAGGUUACUACUGAGAGUGAGUUCAUGUUGAAUGAUCAUCUUCAAGGUAGCCAACACAAGUCCAAGCUUGAGACCACCUUGAAAGCAAGCUUGCUCGAAGCAAAAGAUACAGGACCUUCACCUUCGCAGGUGCAACACUUGCAGUCAGUUUCUGCCGCAUGGGAUCUGAAUGGAACACAUGCAGCUUUUGAGGAAGAAAAGAUAGUGCCACCAAAAGAAACUGCAGAAAGGAGACUCCCAGCAAGCCCUCUCCUCAAGAAAGAUAAGCAAGAAUGGGCUGGUGAUCUAUGCAAGGUACCUACCGAGAGUGUGUCAACGCUGAAUGAUCAUCUUGAAGCGAGCAACCCCAACUCCAAGCUUGAGACAGCCCUGGAAGUAGAGCGUGCACCGUCAAUUCCUGCUGCUUGGGAACCGAAGGGAUCAUAUACACCUGCUGAGGUUAAAGAGAUAAUGUCGCCAAAAGAAACUGCAGAAAAGUGCGGGCUAGGGACCCCUCUCCUAAAGAAAUCUUGUCAAGAAUGGACCUGCGAUCUUUGCAAGGUGACAACCCCGUGUGAGAUAACGUUAAAUGGUCAUCUUCAAGGGCGCAAACACAAGGCCAAACUUGAGACUAUCCUGAAAGAAAGCUUGCUUGAUGCAAAAGAUACAGGACCCAUCUUACCUUUGGUGCAGCACACACUGCCAGUUUCUGCUGCUUGGGAUCUGAACGGAACACUAGAAGCUGCAAAGAAUAAAAAGCUAAUGCUACCAAAAGAAACUGCGGAAACCCCUCUCCUCAAGAAAGCUCAGCAAGAAUGGACUGCUUUUAUUACUAACGCGGAGCAUGCACAGUCAAUUCCAGCUGGUUGGGAUCUGAAGGGAACAUAUGCAGCUUCUGAGGUCAAAGAGAUGAUGCCGCCAAAAGGAACUGCUGAAAAGGGGGACACAGGGACCCCUCUCCCCGAGAAAGCUCAUCAAGAAUGGAACUGUGAUCUGUGCAAGGUGACAACCUCGGAUCCGUUAAUGCUGAAUGGCCAUCUUCAAGGGCGCAGACACAAGGCCAAGCUUAAGACUAUCCAGAAAGAAAGUUUGCUUGAUACGAAAGAUACAGGACCCUUAUCACCUUUGGUUCAGCACGCACAGCCAGUUUCUGCUAAUUGGGAUUUGAACGGAACAGUUGAAGUUGCUAAGGAUAAAGAGAUGAUGCCACCAAAAGAAACUGCAGAAACGCAACUCCCAGAAACCCCUCUCAAGAAAUCUCAACAAGAAUUGAAUGGUGAUAUGUCCAAGGUUACUACUGAGAGUGAGUUCAUGUUGAAUGAUCAUCUUCAAGGUAGCCAACACAAGUCCAAGCUUGAGACCACCUUGAAAGCAAGCUUGCUCGAAGCAAAAGAUACAGGACCUUCACCUUCGCAGGUGCAACACUUGCAGUCAGUUUCUGCCGCAUGGGAUCUGAAUGGAACAUAUGCAGCUUUUGAGGAAGAAAAGAUAGUGCCACCAAAAGAAACUGCAGAAAGGAGACUCCCAGCAAGCCCUCUCCUCAAGAAAGAUAAGCAAGAAUGGGCUGGUGAUCUAUGCAAGGUACCUACCGAGAGUGUGUCAACGCUGAAUGAUCAUCUUGAAGCGAGCAACCCCAACUCCAAGCUUGAGACAGCCCUGGAAGUAGAGCGUGCACCGUCAAUUCCUGCUGCUUGGGAACCGAAGGGAUCAUAUACACCUGCUGAGGUUAAAGAGAUAAUGUCGCCAAAAGAAACUGCAGAAAAGUGCGGGCUAGGGACCCCUCUCCUAAAGAAAUCUUGUCAAGAAUGGACCUGCGAUCUUUGCAAGGUGACAACCCCGUGUGAGAUAACGUUAAAUGGUCAUCUUCAAGGGCGCAAACACAAGGCCAAACUUGAGACUAUCCUGAAAGAAAGCUUGCUUGAUGCAGAAGAUACAGGACCCAUCUUACCUUUGGUGCAGCACACACAGCCCGUCUUUGUCUUUUCUGCUUGCGAUCCGAAGGUAACACUUGAAGCUGCUAAGGAUAAAGAGAUAAUGCCACCAAAAGAAACUGCUGAACUGAGACUCCCAGAAACCCCUCUCCUCAAGAAAGCUCAGCAAGAAUGGACUGGUGAUCUAUGCAGGGUUACUACCGAGAGUGAGUCAGUGUUGAAUGAUCAUCUUCAUGGUAGCCAACACAAGUCCAAGCUUGAGAUCACCCUGAAUGCAAGCUUGUUUGAAGCAAAAGAUACAGGACCUUCACCUUCGGUGCACAGCUUGGAAUCAGUUUCUGCUACUUGGGACAUGAAGGGAACAUAUGCAGCUGCUGAGAAGGAAGGUUUAAUGCUCCCAAAGGAAAAUGCAGAAAACAGGCUCCCAGAAACCCCCCUCCUCAAAAAAGAUCAGCCAGAAGGGACCGGUGAUGUGUUCAAUGUGACUACCAAGAGCGACUCAAUGUUAAAUGAUCAUGCUCAAGGCAACCAACCCAAGUCCAAGCUUGAGAGAACCUUGGAAGCAAGUUUGCUCAAAGCUAAAGAUACAGGACUCUCAUCUUUGCACACUCAGCCAGUUUCUGCUGCUUGGUUCCUGAAGGGAACAUAUGUAGCUUCUGAGGCUAGAGAGAUAAGAACACCAAAAGAAACUGCAGAAAAGAGAAGUCCAGAGAUCCCUCUUGUCGAGAAUGCUCAGCAAAAAUGGACCUCUGAUCCAUGCAAGGUGACAACCACAAAUAAGAUACCGUUAAAUGGUCAUCUUCAGGAGACAAAACACAAGGACAAGCUUGAGUUCACCAAGAAAGAAAGCUUGCUUGAACUUGAAAAGCAUACUGCAAGCAAGAAUGGACAUGUUAAAGGGAGUGAUUCCCACAGAGAUGUCCAAGUUGUAAAAUCAGAGGUGAAAAAUGGUUCCCCGGCAGCUCUAAAAGAGGUGCAGUAUAUGCAGCCAAUUGAGGUUCCCAAAUGUACAUAUUCCAAUACUGAGGUUAAAGAGACGAAGCCACCACUGAAAGCAAGUCGCGCAGGAAAUCCUCCCUUCAAGAAAGAACGGAUUGUAAAGUCAGAGGCAAAAAAUGGUUCAUCGACAUUACAAGAGGUGCAGUAUGCACAGACACUCAAGGUUCCUGAAAAAACAUAUGCCAAUACUGAGGUUAAAGAGACAAUGUCACCACCAGAAGCAAGUCGUGCAGUAACUCCUUCCCUCAAGCAAGAAUGGAGAUGUGCUUUAUGUAAGGUGAAAGCCACGGGUGAGAAAGAUUUGAAUGCUCAUCUUCUGGGAAAUAAACACAAGGACAAGUUAGAAUCACUGAAAAAAAGGAAGGGAAAGCUGGUUGUGUUAGAGAUUAGUGGGACAUUUAGACACUGGUGCAUUCUAUGUGAUGCGAAGAUGGCUACUGAUGUUGCUUUGGCUUCUCAUAUUGGAGGGAAACGACAUGCCUCUCACAUCGAUGAAAUCGAAAAACUUGAAACUAGCCUUUCAGCAGGUCAGUGUCAAUGAGUGUUCGGAACAGAACUCUUUGAUAAGAAAAUAUGUAUAUAUAUUUGUACAUGCAUUAUUGAAUUUAAGUGAUUGAAAUAUUUGAAUGAAGGGGAUUUGAUUUA